AUGCAGAUGGAAUCCAGUUUAUUUUCGUACAGAAAUGAUGACAAGAUUACUUGUGCAGGGUUUUGUGCAGAACGUAUUUUUGCAUCGCUUCCACAUACGAUUGUUGAAUGGAGUAGAACUGAAAGGAAAAUUAUCAGUGUGCAUGAAAUGAACGAAGAAAUAAAUAGCAUUACAUGCAUGAAUAAUGAAUGUGUUGCGCUGUUGUCUAAGAAUUCUGUUUGGUUAUUAUUGAGGACUGAGAUCAGAUAUGCAAUGGAAAAGCCUUCUUUGUGUGGUGUAGUUGUUUAUAAUGGAAUGCUGAUGCUUAUUGAUCAGCAAAGCAUCACAAGCAUAUAUGUGCAGGAAAGAAACAUCAAGAUUAGCAGAAUAAGGAUGGAGAAUGGAAAUGGAAUGUGUACAUGUGGAUCAGAAUAUGAAAACGGAUUACUUCUAGCAUAUGAGAAUGGAAAUGUUAUUGAGAUCUGCACACAAGUGAUGAUUGAUAUAAUUGAUGGAAAGUUAGCAGAAGUGGAUAACAAGCAUAUCAAAACCUUGAUUUGUUUGAGAGAACCUGUUAUCUCAGUUGGAGUUCUAAACAACUUGUUAGUUGUAGCGCUGUUCAACAAAAAGAUGCUUACAAUGAAUCUAAAGUCGGGUGAAACAUCUUACACAGAACUUGCAUACGAAGUAAAAUUUUCAACACUGUGGAACCGCAUGAUUGUUGUAAGCGACAGCAAAGGGAAUAUUAUACUGAUGGACAAGAAUCUAAAGAUUGCAUAUAGCAAGUGCAUGAGAGAUGAAGUGUGCAGUCUUGGCUCUAACGGCGUUGACCUAAUUGUUGGAUUUUCAACAGGCACAGUGAAAGAAUGCAAGUUGAACCGCUUUGGUUUCAUAAGCAUUCAUACUGACAUGGAUAUGGAAGUGAUCAGCAUGAAUGCUAACAGACAAAUAGAAGUAGAUAACAAACUGCAAAUACUCUGCAAUGUAAUAAAAUACAUUUAG